ACCUCGAAAAAAGUUAGGUUACGGAUUCCAAAUUAGCAACCAUGGAAGAGAUCACCGAUGGAGUGAACAACAUGAACUUGGCCGUUGAUUCCCAGAAGAAAAAUCGGAUUCAGGUUUCAAACACCAAGAAACCAUUGUUCUUCUACGUCAAUCUCGCCAAGAGGUAUAUGCAGCAGUACAAUGAUGUCGAACUCUCUGCCCUUGGAAUGGCCAUUGCAACCGUCGUUACUGUUGCUGAAAUACUGAAGAACAAUGGUUUUGCUGUUGAGAAGAAGAUCAUGACUUCAACUGUGGAUAUUAAGGAUGACUCGAGAGGACGUCCUGUGCAGAAAGCUAAGAUUGAAAUUACGCUUGCAAAGUCAGAGAAGUUCGAUGAACUAAUGGCUGCAGCCAAUGAAGAAAAAGAAGCUGCAGAAGCUCAGGUGCAGAACUGAAAAUAGCUUUUUACUAUUUUGGUUUCUUGAUGCUUAUUUUAUAAUGGGCUUUAUUUGUUUUAUUUCAUUAAUUUUUGGCUUGUUUAUCAAUGGAUGAUUUGUUGUAUCUGUUAACAUUUGAUAUGAAGAUGAUAGCUAAACAAUAUGGUUUCCUCACAAUAAAACAUCCGGUCCAUA